AUGGCUUCGCCCUCAGCCACAGACUCUCCAGAAAAGGAGAGCACCGAUGUCCCCGAGGUGACGCAAACAGAGACGAGAGUGGCCGUGUCGCGACUCCGGGCUAAGAACACAGCGCCCGGACCCGACGGAGUUCCUGGUCGAGCUCUCGUCCUGGCUCUGAAGGAGCUAGAGCCCCAGCUGAGGGGGCUCUUCACGGCAUGUCUCGAGCAGGGUCAGUUUGCCAGUGUGUGGAAGGAGGGCAGGCUGGUCCUGCUCAGGAAGGAGGGGCGCCCCGCGGACUCACCGUCCGCGUACCGGCCCCUAGUGAUGCUCGACGAGGCGGGCAAACUUUUUGAGCGUAUCAUCGCAGAUCGCCUCGUCAGCCACUUGUGCAGAGAGGGGCCGGACCUGGAUGACAACCAGUUUGGUUUUCGUCGUGGGCGCUCCACCAUAGACGCUAUUACGCGCGUGAGGGCCCUGGCGGAGGAGACAGUAUCCCGGGGUGGGGUGGUGCUGGCGGUGUCCUUAGAUAUCUCCAACGCCUUCAACACCCUACCCUGGAGUUGUAUUCGGGAGGCACUGAAUUACCAUCGCGUGCCUCCCUACCUCCGCCGCACAAUAGGGGCUUACCUUGAGGAGAGAUGCGUUACCUAUUGGCGACGUGACGGCGCUGGUCGGCGCGUCAUGUCGUGCGGUGUUCCGCAGAGAUCGGUCUUGGGACCGCUCCUGUGGAACAUCGGCUACGACUGGGUGCUGAGAGGUGAACUCCCGUCGGGCGCCGACUUGACGUGUUAUGCGGACGACACGCUCGUCACUGCCCGCGGGAGUUCGCACAGGGAAGCAGCGUUGGUUGCCACGGCUGCGAUGUCACAACGCUCGAGUCAAACCGCCCAGGAAUUAAAUUCGUUCGCUAUUAAGUUGCAAAAUAUAGUAUGCAUAAUGAAGAACGUCGACGGCAAGGGAUACUUACAAAAUCCGAUGCUAACUAGGGAGGUCAUGAGUAAGCUUAGCCCUUAG